AUGACCCCGCCCCAUUCUUCCGCUUUCCAUCACCCCGCCCCAUUCUCCCGCUUUCCAACACCCCGCCUCAUUCUCCCGCUUUCCAUCACCCCGCCCCAUUCUCACUCUUUCCAUCACCCCUCCCCAUUCUCCCUCUUUCCAUCACCCCGCCCCAUUCCCCCGCCUUCCAUCACCCCACCCCAUUCUCCAUCUUUCCAUCACCCUACCCAAUUCUCCCGCUUUCCAUCACCCCGCCCCAUUCUCUCGCCUUCCAUCACCCCGCCCCAUUAUCCCGCUUUCCAUCACCCCGCCCAUUCUCCCUCUAUCCAUCACCCCGCCCAAUUCUCCCACUUUCCACCACCCCGUCCCAUUCUCCCGUUUUCCAUCACCCUGCCCCAUUCUCUCGCUUUCCAUCACCCCGCCUUUUUCUCCCGCUUUCCAUCACCCCGCCCCAUUGUCUCGAUUUCCAUCACCCCGCCCCAUUCUCUCGCUUUCCAUGACCCCGACCCAUUCUCCCGCUUUCCAUCACCCCGCCCCAUUCUCCCGCUUUCCAUCACCCCGCCCCAUUCUCCCGCUUUCCAUCACCCCGCCCCAUUCUCCCGCUUUCCAUCACCCCGCCCCAUACUUCCGCUUUCCAUCACCCCGCCCCAUUCACCCCGCCCCAUUCUCCCUCUUUCCAUCAACCCGCCCCAUUCUCCCGCUUUUCUUCACCCCGCCCCAUUCUCCCUCUUUCCAUCACCCCACCCCAUUCUUCCGCUUUUCAUCACCCUGCCCCAUUCUCCCUCUUUCCUUCACCCCGCCCAAUUCCCCCUCUUUCCAUCAGCCCGCCCCAUUCUCCCGCUUUUCUUCACCCCGCCCCAUUCUUCCGCUUUUCAUCAACCCGCCCCAUUCUCCCGCUUUCCAGCACCCCGCCCCAUUCUCCCGCUUUCCAUCACCCCGCCCCAUUCUCCCUCUUUCCAUCACCCUGCCCCAUUCUCCCUCUUUCCAUCACCCCACCCUAUUCUCCCUCUUUCCAUCACCCCGCCCCACUCUCCCGCUUUCCAUCACCCCACCCCUUUCUCCCGCAUUCCAUCACCCCGCCCCAUUCUCCCGCUUUCCAUCACCCCGCCCCAUUCUCCCGCUUUCCAUCACCCCGCCCUAUUCUCCCGCUUUCCACCACCUUGCCCCAUUCUCCCGCUUUCCAUCACCCUGCCCCAUUCUCCCGCUUUCCAUCACCCCGCCCCAUUCUCCCGCUUUCGAUCACCCCGCCCCAUUCUCCCGCUUUCCAUCACCCCGCCCCAUUUUCAAGCUUUCCAUCACCCCGCCCCAUUCUCCUGCUUUCCAUCACCCCGCUCCAUUCUCCCGCUUUCCAUCACCUCGCCCCAUUCUCCCGCUUUUCAUCACCCCGCCCCAUUCUCCUGCUUUCCAUCACCCCGCCCCAUUCUCCUGCUUUCCAUCACCCCGCCCUAUUCUCCCGCUUUCCAUCACCCUGCCCCAUUCUUCCGCUUUCCAUCACCCCGCCCCAUUCUCCCUCUUUCCACCACCCCGCCCCGUUCUCCCGCUUUCCAUCACCCCGGCCCAUUCUCCCUAUUUCCAUCACCCCGCUCCAUUCUCCCACUUUCCAUCACCCCGCCCCAUUCUCCCGCUUUCCGUCACCCCGCCCCAUUCUCCCGCUUUCCAUCACCCCGCCCCAUUCUCCCUCUUUCCAUCACCCCGCCCAAGUCUCCCUCUUUCCAUCACCCUGCCCCAUUCUCCCUAUUUCCAUCACCCUGCCCCAUGCUCCCUCUUUCCAUCACCCCGCCCCAUCCUCCCUAUUUCCAUCACCCCGCCCCAUUCUUCCGCUUUCCAUCACCCCGCCCCAUUCUCCAGCUUACCAUCAUCCCGCCCCAUUCUCCCGCUUUCCAUCACCCCGCCCCAUUCUCCCGCUUUCCAUCAACCCGCCCAAUUCUCCCACUUUCCAUCACCCCGCCCCAUUCUCCCGCUUUCCAUCACCCCGCCCCAUUCUCCCGCUUUCCAUCACCCCGCCCCAUUCUUCCGCUUUCCAUCACCCCACCCCAUUCACCCCGCCCCAUUCUCCCUCUUUCCAUCAACCCGCCCCAUUCUCCCGCUUUUCUUCACCCCGCCCCAUUCUCCCUCUUUCCAUCACCCCACCCCAUUCUUCCGCUUUUCAUCACCCUGCCCCAUUCCCCCUCUUUCCUUCACCCCGCCCCAUUCCCCCUCUUUCCAUCAGCCCGCCCCAUUCUCCCGCUUUUCAUCACCCCGCCCCAUUCUUCCACUUUUCAUCACCCCGCCCCAUUCUCCCGCUUUCCAUCACCCCGUCCCAUUCUCAAGCUUUCCAUCACCCCGCCCCAUUCUCCCGCUUUCCAUCAUCCCGCCCCAUUCUCCUGCUUUCCAUCACCCCCUUACCAUCAUCCCGCCCCAUUCUCCCGCUUUCCAUCACCCCGCCCCAUUCUCCAGCUUUCCAUCACCCCGCCCCAUUCUCCCGCUUUCCAUCAACCCGCCCAAUUCUCCCGCUUUCCAUCACCCCGCCCCAUUCUCCCGCUUUCCAUCACCCCGCCCCAUUCUCCCGCUUUCCAUCACCCCGCCCCAUUCUCCCGCUUUCCAUCACCCCGUCCCAUUCUCAAGCUUUCCAUCACCCCGCCCCAUUCUCCCGCUUUCCAUCAUCCCGCCCCAUUCUCCUACUUUCCAUCACCCCGUCCCGUUCUCUCGCUUUCCAUCACCCCGCCCCAUUUUCCUGCUUUCCAUCACCCCGCCCGCUCCAUUCUCCCGCUUUCCAUCACCCCGCCCAAUUCUCCCUCUUUCCAUCACCCCUCCCCAUUCUCCCUCUUUCCAUCACCCCGCCCCAUUCUCCCUCUUUCCAUCACCCCGCCCCAUUCUCCCGCCUUUCAUCACCCCUCCCUAUUCUCCCGCUUUCCAUCACCCCGCCCAAUUCUCCCGCUUUCCAUCACCCCGCCCCAUUCUCCCGCCUUCCAUCACCCCACCCCAUUCUCCCUCUUUCAAUCACCCCGCCCCAUUAUACUGCUUUCCAUCACCCCGCCCCAUUCUCCCUCUAUCCAUCACCCCGCCCAAUUCUCCCACUUUCCAUCACCCCGUCCCAUUCUCCCGUUUUCCAUCACCCUGCCCCAUUCUCUCGCUUUCCAUCACCCCGCCUUAUUCUCCCGCUUUCCAUCACCCCGCCCCAUUUUCCCGAUUUCCAUCACCCCGCCCCAUUCUCCCGCUUUCGAUGACCCCGCCCCAUUCUUCCGCUUUCCAUCACCCCGCCCCAUUCUCCCGCUUUCCAACACCCCGCCUCAUUCUCCCGCUUUCCAUCACCCCGCCCCAUUCUCACUCUUUCUAUCACCCCUCCCCGUUCUCCCUCUUUCCAUCACCCCGCCCCAUUCCCCCGCCUUCCAUCACCCCACCCCAUUCUCCAUCUUUCCAUCACCCUACCCAAUUCUCCCGCUUUCCAUCACCCCGCCCCAUUCUCCCGCCUUCCAUCACCCCGCCCCAUUAUCCCGCUUUCCAUCACCCCGCCCAUUCUCCCUCUAUCCAUCACCCCGCCCAAUUCUCCCACUUUCCACCACCCCGUCCCAUUCUCCCGUUUUCCAUCACCCUGCCCUAUUCUCUCGCUUUCCAUCACCCCGCCUUUUUCUCCCGCUUUCCAUCACCCCGCCCCAUUGUCUCGAUUUCCAUCACCCCGCCCCAUUCUCUCGCUUUCCAUGA